AUGGCUGGGCACCACUCGGAGAUGCCCCAGCCCCUCGCUCUUGUCUUAUUCGCGACACGCCACUCGCCCCUCGAGAUGGCAUACCUUCAGGCCGACUCUUUCAUUUCAUAUACUCUCGACAAGCCUCUUAAUACAUCUGGAACUAUGCUGUCACCUCUGCAUGACGAGCAGCCGGCCGGUGGUUUCCCCACUCCAUGGAUAACCGAGAACUCGUAUCUCGAUGUCAUGCGUCCCCUCGAGGGCGUGCCUCAGUGGCAUCCCAACGUCCAGUCUGGUGUACUGUGUAACGCGUACGAUGCGAUGCCCUUCGCGUCGGAACACGUGAUCGAUGCAGCACAAUACCUGCUCAGCCCUCCCAUCGACCCAAUAUUCAUAGCCCAUCCGAGAACGUACGAAAUAGCAUCGGCGCUGGACGAUUUCGCGCACACCGCCAACUCUCCCGACACGCUGUCGAACGCCUCGACGUGCUCAGACGCCACUCUGUCUGUGUACACCCCUUCCCCUUCCCCAUAUGCGACCGAUUCCUCGUCAAGCAGCGACAAUGGCGAGUGCUACAGCAAGGCUUCGUUCUCUCUGUUCCCAAGGAAUCGAUCGUCGGCCACCACAUCGCGUAAGCACGGCAGCGUCCAUUCCCAUCCCUCUCGCCCGUCGUCGUCCAGUCUCGUCUCCGCGUCCCCGUCAUCGACUUCUCAGACGCGCACAUCCAAGGCACGGCGCUCGCCCAUUCGCGUCCGCAGACGCAACGUCCAAAUCGGAGUCGGCGCGCCCGUACCAGAGCCACGGGCUACGCGUCUUCUUAGAUUGGUCCAAUGCAUGGUGGAAGGAUGCGGGAAGGUGCUGACGAAAGGCGCAAUGGGGCGGCACAAGGAGACCCAUAGGGAGCAAGAGAAAUGGAAGUGCUGUGGAAUGCCUGUCGAGAUGGUGUUCGGGUUCAGCUCAGAUCGACGGAUGGCCGGUGGUUGUAAGCAGGUGUUCAGUCGGAAGGACGCGUUGGAGCGACAUCUGAGGAACCCCAACAAUCCCUGCAUUGGUGAUGUUGGGCGCGAGGAGCUGUUAGGAUGGUUUGAGGACGCGAGCGAGGAGUGA